AUGGAUGUAUGUGAAGUUGUCAAGAAGGAAAGGGAGGUGAACUUGCGCGCGCAUAGAGUCGGCACGCCCGCCGCGCGUCCCGCUCGCUCGCGAGUCCGGCCGCGAGUCGUCAGUCUAUCGCGCGCAGAGGCAGCGCUAGCCGCGUCCCCGCGCGGUCAGUCGCCUGUCGGUGCAAUAAGUGCUCGCCGGAGUCAAGCGACUCGGCCGGCACGCCCAGCCACAGCCGUGGAUAACCUCGGCCAGAGCCCCCUACCGGUGAAGAGGCUGCACGAAGCGCUUCAGAGUGCGCAAGUGAAGCGGCAGCGACUCUCCCCUCCGUACCCACCUCCCGCCCCCCUCCACCCGAUCCAUCAGCUAGCCGUGCACCAGCACAUCAAAGUGCAGCAGAGCAUAGUGCAGCAAAGCAUCGUGCAGCAGCAUCAGUUGAAUCUGGCUCACCAGUCGCUGCAGAGUUUGCAACAGCAAAGCUUGCAGGCGCAACAGAGUUUGCAGCAGCAGAGCUUGCAGGCACAGCAAAGUUUGCAGCAGCAGAGCUUGCAAGCGCAGAGCCUUCAGGCAGCGCAGAGUCUGCAAGCGGCGCAGAGUCCUGCGGCAACGGGCGCAGGCGUGCAGCAGGCGGCAGGAGCGACACAAGGCGCGCUGGUACCGCCGCCGCAGCCUUCGCCGAGGGCCGCAUCACCCCAACACAAGAACAUGGAGCUCGCACUCUGUCAAAGCAUGGAUUCGGUCAACACCGCCACCACAGAGGAAGAGGUGCGAACAUUGUUCGUGAGUGGCCUGCCGAUGGACGCGAAGCCACGGGAGCUGUACUUACUGUUCCGAGCAUAUGAGGGUUAUGAAGGCUCGUUGCUAAAGGUUACCAGCAAGAAUGGAAAAACAGCAUCGCCCGUUGGCUUUGUCACGUUCCACACCCGCGCGGGCGCAGAGGCGGCUAAACAAGAUCUUCAGCAGGGCGUCCGAUUCGACCCCGACAUGCCGCAAACGAUUCGGCUGGAGUUCGCUAAAAGCAACACGAAGGUCAGCAAGCCGAAGCCGGCAGUUGCCACAGCCGCGCCAGCUGCACACCCCGCAUUGAUGCACCCACUCACUGGACACUUAGCGAGUCCGUUCUUCCCUGGUGGAGGAGCGGAGCUGUGGCACCACCCGCUGGCGUAUGGAGGAGAGUUGCCGGCGCUGUCGCACGGGCUGGUGCAUCCCGCCAUCCACCCUCAGAUGGCGCCGGUGCGUUCCUACCUCUGACUAGCUGCCGCCGAUAGGCCACACCACACCCCCCUGACGCUGGGCGCCUGCGUCCUGCCCGCGCCGGCGCUGGGUUCCCCGGGCGCCGGGGUGCCGCCGCAUGCGCAGGCGCCGCCCGC